AGCCUGGACGUGGCAACCGGGUCUCUAAGAACGAGAAGCACGAGCGAUCUGCAGGAGCCCUGAGCCCGCUCACCCCCAUUGGGGUCGGUGGUCUAGCCUGGAGGGCCGCAGCCCCCGCCCUCCCAUGUGCCCGCCCCGCCCCGGCGGCGCCGCUCCUGCCGCCGCUGCUGCUGCUGCCGCGCCGGACGCUGCGGGCUAGCGCGCGGGGGCUGCGGCUGCGUGUCCCGGCGCGCGGCUGGGUGGCCCCGCCGGCCACGAGGACACAGCAGGAUGAAGCAGAGAUGAGAAGAUCCACCUUUAAUCUGGGCCACACUUCCUGCUGGGAGCCCAUUAGAGGACAUGGAAUAAGGAAGCUUGCUCUCUUUGCCUGUUUGCUCUCGCUCUCCCUGACUAAGGUGACAGUGCCAGGUGGAUCAGCAGCCAUUCCACUGCCCGCUCUGCGGUUGUGCCAAGAGUAGGGGAGCAUGGAGGAGAGGAAGCAGGAGACAACGAACCAAGCGCACGUCCUCUUCGACCGGUUCGUCCAGGCCACUACCUGCAAGGGAACCCUCAGGGCCUUCCAAGAGCUCUGUGACCACCUGGAACUGAAGCCUAAGGACUAUCGCUCCUUCUACCACAAGCUCAAGUCCAAGCUCAACUACUGGAAGGCCAAAGCCCUCUGGGCCAAAUUGGACAAGCGGGGCAGUCACAAAGACUACAAAAAGGGGAAAGCCUGCACCAACACCAAGUGUCUCAUCAUUGGAGCUGGCCCCUGUGGUCUCCGAACAGCCAUCGACUUGUCCUUAUUGGGAGCCAAAGUGGUCGUUAUCGAGAAGAGAGACGCCUUCUCCCGAAACAAUGUCUUGCAUCUCUGGCCCUUCACCAUACAUGAUCUUCGAGGUCUGGGUGCCAAGAAAUUCUACGGCAAGUUCUGUGCCGGAGCCAUCGAUCACAUCAGUAUCCGUCAGCUCCAGCUAAUCCUCCUGAAAGUCGCCUUGAUCUUAGGCAUUGAAAUCCAUGUCAAUGUGGAAUUCCAAGGACUCGUUCAGCCUCCUGAGGACCAAGAGAAUGAACGGAUAGGAUGGCGAGCAUUGGUGCACCCCAAAACUCAUCCUGUAUCAGAAUAUGAAUUUGAAGUGAUCAUCGGUGGGGAUGGGCGUAGGAACACCCUGGAAGGAUUUCGUCGGAAAGAAUUCCGUGGCAAGCUAGCCAUUGCCAUCACGGCAAAUUUUAUUAACCGAAACACAACCGCAGAGGCCAAAGUAGAGGAGAUCAGCGGUGUUGCUUUUAUAUUCAACCAAAAAUUUUUCCAGGAGCUGAGAGAAGCCACAGGCAUUGAUUUGGAGAACAUCGUCUACUACAAAGAUGACACACACUACUUCGUUAUGACGGCCAAAAAGCAGAGCUUGCUGGACAAAGGGGUGAUAUUGCAUGACUACACAGACACAGAACUGUUACUUUCCCGGGAGAAUGUGGACCAGGAGGCCCUGCUGAACUAUGCCCGGGAGGCUGCAGACUUCUCUACCCAGCAGCAACUGCCUUCUCUGGAUUUUGCCAUCAAUCACUACGGGCAGCCUGAUGUGGCCAUGUUUGACUUUACCUGUAUGUACGCCUCUGAAAACGCUGCCUUGGUACGGGAACAAAAUGGACACCAGUUACUAGUAGCUCUGGUUGGGGACAGCCUUCUGGAGCCUUUCUGGCCAAUGGGAACAGGAAUAGCCCGGGGCUUUCUGGCUGCUAUGGACUCUGCCUGGAUGGUACGAAGCUGGUCUCUGGGCACCAGCCCCUUGGAAGUCCUGGCAGAGAGGGAAAGCAUUUAUAGGUUGCUGCCUCAGACCACCCCUGAGAACGUGAGCAAAAACUUCAGCCAGUAUAGCAUCGACCCUGUCACUAGGUAUCCCAAUAUUAAUAUCAACUUCCUCCGGCCAAGCCAGGUGCGCCAUUUGUAUGAUAGCGGAGAAACAAAAGAUAUCCAUCUGGAAAUGGAGAACCUGGUGAAUUCCCGAACCACUCCCAAGCUGACUCGCAAUGAGUCUGUAGCUCGUUCAAGCAAACUGCUGGGCUGGUGUCAAAGGCAGACCGACGGCUAUGCAGGGGUGAAUGUGACAGACCUCACCACGUCUUGGAAAAGCGGACUGGCUCUGUGUGCAAUCAUCCACAGAUACCGCCCUGACCUGAUAGACUUCGACUCUUUGGAUGAGCAGAACGUGGAGAAGAAUAACCAGUUGGCCUUCGACGUGGCCGAGAAGGAGCUGGGCAUCUCUCCCAUCAUGACCGGCAAGGAGAUGGCGGCAGUGGCGGAGCCCGACAAGCUCUCCAUGGUGAUGUACCUCACGCAGUUCUACGAGAUGUUCAAGGACUCACUCUCUUCCAGCGACACCUUGGACCUGAAUGCAGAGGAGAAAGCCGUCCUGAUAGCCAGCACCAAAUCCCCCAUCUCCUUCCUGAGCAAGCUGGGCCAGACCAUCUCUCGGAAGCGCUCUCCCAAGGAUAAAAAGGAAAAAGAUUCGGAUGGGGCUGGGAAGAGGAGGAAAACGAGUCAGUCGGAGGAGGAGGAGCCUCCCCGGAGCUACCGUGGAGAAAGACCCACCCUGGUGAGCACCCUGACAGACAGGCGGAUGGAUGCUGCCAUUGGGAACCAGAACAAAGUAAAGUAUAUGGCAACCCAGCUGCUGGCCAAGUUCGAAGAGAAUGCGCCCGCACAGUCCACUGGCGUGAGGAGACAGCCGACACAAGAACGUGGGGUCAGACGGCCGUCCUGCUGCCUGCCUGGGCAGGGUCGCCCUGCUCCCAUCCCCCAGUGGAAACAGCGACAGGAAAAGGAGCGUGCUCGGACCUGCCCCAAAAAAGUGAUCACCCUCUCUCCUCCCCCUACUCCACCUUCCUGCCGGGCCCGCCGUGUUCAGCAGAUGUGCAGGGAUCUUCAUGCUGGCAGCCGUGGCAAGCAGAACCCCCACCAUGAGAGGCCAGAGCCUGAGCCUUCACGUCGGUUUUUUGUUGACCAGUGGGAGCUCUCCCUUAGUCUCCGCUCCUCCACCCGCCCUGCCUCUCCCUCCUCUGACUCCCUCCGACAGAAGUACAUAAAGAUGUACACAGGCGGAGUGAGCUCAUUGGCUGAGCAGAUAGCCAAUCAGCUUCAAAGGAAAGAGCAACCCAAAAGCCUUCUAGACAAGAAGGAACUGGGCUCCAUAAAGAAGGAGUUCCCGCAGAACCUGGGGGGCAGCGACACAUGCUAUUUCUGCCAGAAGCGGGUCUACGUGAUGGAGAGGCUGAGCGCCGAGGGCAAGUUCUUCCACCGCAGCUGCUUCAAAUGCGAGUACUGCGCCACCACGCUGCGCCUCUCUGCGUACGCCUAUGACAUCGAGGACGGCAAAUUCUACUGUAAGCCACACUACUGUUACCGACUGUCGGGCUACGCGCAGAGGAAGAGGCCUGCAGUGGCUCCCCUGUCUGGAAAGGAAGCCAAAGGACCCCUGCAGGAUGGUCCCGCCGCAGAUGCGAAUGGACUGGCCAGCGUUGCCGCCAGCUCGGCUGAGAGAACUCCAGGUUCCAGCAUGAAUGGCCUGGAGGAGCCCAGCAUCGCCAAGAGGCUGAGGGGCACCCCCGAGAGGAUCGAGCUGGAGAACUACCGUCGGUCUGUGAGGCAGGUGGAGGAGCUGGAGGAGGUGCCCGAGGAGACGCAGGCCGAGCAUAACCUGAGCAGCGUGUUAGACAAGGGCACUGAAGAGGAUGUGGCCAGCAGCAGUUCCGAGUCAGAGAUGGAGGAGGAGGAAGAGGAGGACGACGAAGACGAUCAGCUCCCCACCUCUGACCUGGGCGGGGUUCCCUGGAAGGAGGCAGUCAGGAUUCAUGCCCUUCUGAAGGGGAGGAGUGAAGAGGAGCUGGAGGCCUCCAAGAACUACGAGCCUGAGGAAGAGGAGGAGGAUGAAGAGGAGGAGGAAGAAGAAGAAUAUGAUGAAGAGGAAGAGGAGGAGUCAAGUGAAGCCGGGAGCAGCAGGCUGCAGCAGAUCCUAACCGCAGCAGAUCCCUUGGCGAUCCAGGCCGAUGUGCACUGGACACACAUCCGUGAAAGGGAGGCGGAGGAGAGGAUGCUCCCGACCUCCGAGUCCUCCACUUCUAGAGUGACCGGCCUUCCCUCCGUACGCCGCGCAGCAGUCCAGGCCUGGCUGGAGACUGUCUCCGGAGCCCCCCUAGAAGAGGACGUGGAUUCUGAGCCAGCGGAGACUGAAGGGGAAGCUGCAGAGGAUGGGGACCCUGGGGACACUGGUGCCGAGCUGGAUGAUCAACACUGGUCUGAUGACAUUCCUUCCGACGCCGAGACGGAACUUCGCUUACAGUGCCAGGCCAAGGCGAAAGCCGAGCUGGAGCUGAGGGUGUCAGAGAACGAGGAAGAGAAGCCGCCUGAUACACCAAAGCAAGAGGAGAGAGGUCCUUCCCGAGUCUCCAGCCCUAGCCAGUCACCUCAGAAACAAGCCAUUCUGCUCACCCCAACCCACAGCCCUGAGGCAGAGGGGGCCCCGUCCCCACCUACCUCUGUCACCACCAAGGCGAAGUCCCCUGAGGAGCCCCUCUUCCCUGCACCUCUGCUCCCCAGAGAAAAGCCCAAAGCUGAAGCCCCCACAGAUCAGAAGACUGUGCACUCGCCCAUCCGGUCACAGCCUGUGGCCCUGCCGGAAGCCAGGACACCUACCUCACCUACCCGCUUGCAGCCAGAGUCUCCACUGGCCCCUGCCCCACCGCCCUCAACCCAGCUCCCCAUCUGUUCCCAGCCUCAACCUUCCUCGGAUGCUUCCAUCCCGUCACCCUCCGAGUCCCCCAUACGCUUCCAGCCGGUUCCAGCUAAAACAUCCACCCCCUUGACCCCACUUCCUGUGAAGAGCCAAGGAGACCCCAAAGACAGACUCAGUGGCCCUCUGGCUGUGGAGGAGGCCCUGAAGCGGAGUGAUCUGGUGGAGGAGUUCUGGAUGAAGAGCGCCGAGAUCCGCCGCAGCCUGGGCCUCAGUCCUGUGGACCGGAACAAGGGGUCGGAGCCCAGCCUCCCCUCACCCGCCUUUAAGCCAAUAUCCCUAAAGUCCUACUCGGUUGACAAGUCCCCUCAGGAAGAGGGCCUCUGCCUUCUGAAACCUCCAUCUGUUCCUAAAAGGUUGGGCCUGCCAAAGUCAGCUGGUGACCAGCCCUCACUGCUGACCCCAAAGUCGCCCUCUGAAAGGGAACUGAGGAGCAACCAGGAGGAGCGAAGGGACCUCUCCAGCAGCUCGGGCCUGGGCCUCCAUGGCAGCUCCUCCAACAUGAAGACCUUGGGCAGCCAGAGCUUCAACACCUCGGACUCUACUAUGCUCACUCCGCCUUCUAGCCCACCCCCACCCCCACCUCCCAAUGAGGAGCCUGCAACCCUGCGAAGGAAGCCCCAUCACACUUUUGAGCGCAGGGAGGCCUCGGUUAUCCCUCCUCCUCCUCCUGCCACAUUCAUGCGGCCCCCACGGGAGCCAACCCAGCCCCCCAGGGAGGAGGUCCGGAAGUCCUUCGUGGAGAGUGUGGAUGAGAUCCCCUUUGCUGAUGAUGUGGAGGACACUUACGAUGACAAGACUGAGGACUCCAGUCUGCAGGAGAAGUUCUUCACACCCCCCUCCUGCUGGUCCCGGUCAGAGAAGCCCCUGGCCAAGGAGAAUGGGCGGCUCCCUUCCCUGGAUCGUGAUGCGCAACCGCAGAAAAGGGGGCUGCCUCUGGUCUCUGCAGAAGCCAAGGAGCUGGCUGAGGAGCGCAUGCGAGCCCGGGAGAAGUCCGUGAAGAGCCAGGCACUUCGAGAUGCCAUGGCCAAGCAGUUGAGCAGGAUGCAGGCCAUGGAGCUGGCAUCCUCCAGGUCCCGCAUAACCCCAUCUCAGGGCAAGGAACUAGGACCCGAGUCCGCCAAGCGCUCAGGCUUCCGAGGUUCCCAGGAACCCACUCUGAAGCAUGAGGCUACUAGCGAGGAGAUCCUCUCUCCUCCAUCAGACUCAGGAGGCCCUGAUGGCUCUGUCACCUCCUCUGAGGGUUCCAGUGGGAAGAGCAAAAAGAGGUCGUCCCUCUUCUCCCCCCGCAGGAACAAGAAAGAGAAGAAACCCAAAGGGGAAGGCCGACUUCCAGAGAAACCCAGCCUGGGCCUCCCAGAGGAAGUGGCAGCAAAGCCCAAGUCCCUGUGGAAGUCGGUCUUCUCUGGGUACAAAAAGGACAAAAAGAGAAAAAGUGAUGAGAAGUCCUGCUCCAGUACCCCGUCCAGUGGUGCCACGGUGGACUCCGGCCAGCACAGGGCAUCUCCGAUUGUGAGAGCAGAGCUGCAGCUCCGGCGCCAACUGAGUUUCUCAGAGGACUCAGACCUGUCCAGCGAUGACAUCCUUGAGAGGUCUUCCCAGAAGUCCAAGCGAGAGUCGAUUUAUGUACCACACGCCUUGGCAUUCAGGAGAGCCUAUUCAUCAAAGCCCAGAACCUACACAGAAGAGGAGCUGAGCGCCAAGCUGACGCGCCGCGUGCAGAGGGCAGCACGGAGACAGGCCAAGCAGGAGGAGCUGAAGCGGCUGCACCGAGCCCAGAUCAUCCAACGGCAGCUGGAGCAAGUGGAGGAGAAGCAGAGGCAGCUGGAGGAGAGGGGCGUCGCGGUGGAGAAGGCCCUGCGAGGCGAAGCAGGCAUGGGCAAAAAGGAUGACCCCAAGCUGAUGCAGGAGUGGUUCAAGCUGGUGCAGGAGAAAAAUGCCAUGGUGCGCUAUGAGUCGGAGCUGAUGAUCUUUGCCCGGGAGCUGGAGCUGGAAGACCGCCAGAGCCGGCUGCAGCAGGAGCUUCGGGAGCGCAUGGCUGUGGAAGAUCACCUGAAGACCGAGGAGGAGCUGUCAGAGGAGAAGAAGAUCCUGAACGAGAUGCUGGAGGUGGUGGAGCAGAGAGACUCACUGGUGGCCCUGCUGGAAGAGCAGCGACUGCGGGAGAAAGAGGAAGACAAGGACCUGGAGGCUGCUAUGCUGUGCAAGGGCUUCAGCCUGGACUGGUCCUGAGCCUGGCUACCAUUGGGUUUGGUUGAUUGGCACCCACCUCACCCGGCUGCGUUAUCCCGACCCACCAGAUCCAGGUUCAGAAGAGACCUGGCGUGCCUGGAAGGUAGCUCACAGACACCUGUGCUGUGGGAAAACCCCAGGCGAGGGUUAUCAUCUGAGGUGAAGGGCCGUGUGGGACUUCCCAUUCAGGAGGGAGGAGACGAGACGGGUGUUUGGCAUGUGCCACAGGGGACACUCCUGCAGGUCCCCGAGGGCUUGCUGCCUGGCACCUCUUCCUUCCUUCUGCUGGUAAGAGAGGGAAGUGACUCCUCUUCAGAGCCACUGCCACCCAGAGCACCUGAAGAGCCAAGUGGCUACUGUCCUCGUGCUUCCUGAAGCACCACCAAAGAAAGUGCAGAAGCAUCUGCAGAGAAGCUGUGGAUGGAGGGGAUCCAGCAGGGAGCAGCACCCGUGGGGGUGAUGAGGGUGAUGCCCACCCUCCCAUUGCAGGGGAAGCCAGACAGUAAGCAGGUUCAUUAUGCAAGUUAGGAGGGCGCAGGAGGGCUCUGCCCCCGGCCCGCCACACACUGGAUUCCCAGUGGCCAAGUGCCCCGGGCCUCUCACAUGGGCAGUGGCCUGAGGCCCGCAGAUUGCUGUGUUUUGCUUAUAGUUCACGACGAUUUUGACACUGGAAAGUAUUGAUUGUGGCAGAGCUGAGGGAGACCCUACAUGUCGACAGACAGGCGCCACCCCUGGUCGGCACCCACGGCAGUACAGGAGAUGGCUCUCCUCAGCAUUUUUCUGUGUUUGCACAUCGAAAGGAAACUGACAACCUGCCCAGACACUCAGCCACUUCGGACCCUUUUUGUCGAUUAACUUAUUUUUUUAAUACUUGAAAGGAAGCAACUUCGUUUUUAUACCUUUACUAGAGACACUGACUGCCUGUCACCUGCGCGUAGGACUUGACUGAGAGGGCUCUGUGCAGCCCUGCAGCCCUGAGGCAAACUGACCUGAUCUUGUUACAUGCAUAUUUAUUAGCCGUCGGACCAGGGGGCAGCUCAAAGCCCUGUGGGUCCUUCCUCACAGCUUCUCUGUCCCCUCCUCCACCCACCACCCUGUCCCUGCUGGCACUGGACUUCUACAGGGGAGCUGCCUCUCUGGGAGGAUGCGUUUCAGCACUAGGAGGCCAGGCCUGGAGACAGACCGGCUGCUGUGGCCUCUGCUCUUGGAAUCGUGGGCUCUGCGGAACCCACUUUGUCCAGUUUUGCUGCCAAGGUUUUACUUCCUGUACAGAUGUUAAAGAUGGAGGGUAGCCCCUCCUCACGCUGGCUGGGACCAAGUGGAGUGUGACCUUGUCCUCAGGCCGGCUGAUGGCAAUGCCCUGGUCCAGCUGGAGGGGUGUGUGUGCGCUGGCCUCCCCUCAACACGCCAGCCACUCUGACCUUCCCUGCCUGUACUAGGAUUUUCUUGGCCUGGCAAGAGCCAACAAGCACCAUGUAACCAGCUCCAUAAGCCAAACUGCUCAUUUCUUGUGGUUCACCCAGAGGCCGGUGAUGGGGGCCAGGGUGAUUCUCUCUCCAUGGACCAGUGCAUGGGUGCCACACCAAUCUGGAAAAGGGUAUGCCAGCUGGGCCUGCUGGGAGGAGAUUGGGAAAAAGAUAUGCCAUCCCUGGCCGCCCUUCAAGGCUGCCAAGGGCCCACACUCGCCCUGGUCUUCCUGUGGGAACCACACUGUGCCUCAACUUGAACAUCCAUCUAACUCCAGAGGAGCAAACAGCAAUCUCACCCUUCUCCUCGUGCGAAAGCUGCCCUCUUUCCUGUGGAAAGACAGGUGUGCUGCCAGCAACCACCGCAUCUCUGACAUCAUCAGUUCCUGGUCUCUGACGUGGCAUUACUGCUAUUUUUAUUCUCUGUCUGAAACGAGGAGAGGAGGAUGUUCUGGAUUCCAUUUUUCAACCACAAUCUGCCAAUCAGACUGGACUUUGGACAGGACCUUUAUCGCCUGUGUGGCCUUCUUAACCCUGUCCGCCUCCCCAGUGCCACUGGCAAUCCCAGGAAGCUCAGCCAGUCAUUUCUGCUAACCCACAAGAAAGAACCCAUUUCCUGAGUGACUCAAGAAGGAUGCAGGGGCACGCAGCGCCUCUUGUGGCCUCGUGGGUGUCCCCUCCCUCCUCUGUCCUGGUCAGCCACGACCCUGUUGAUCUUUCCAAAGCACACGCUGCUUCCUGCAGUCACUAGGAAGGGGGCAGAAAUCCACCAGCCUGGGAGACGUCCCCAGCUCCCCAGCCGCGGCAGCAUGAGGACUUGGGGUUCUCGUAGAGCACCUUUUUUUGGCUCCCAAUUUGUAACCACUAGUUUGACGUCGAUUUCAGCAAUCCGGGGACUCGAGACAGGAAAUGUUCUCCACCUCUGGAAAUGCAUGCAGGUCUGGUCAGAUGUUCUUCCCAGGAAUUCCGUCUUCACUUGAAGGCCGGGAAGAAAGGGUAUAUAUAGCCACACCCUUCAUACAUGCAUAAGAUGCUAGAGUGUGUUUGAGUGAGCCCAAACUCAAGGCUACGGAUAGUACAUGAGGCACCAGCCUCUACCCCUAAAGCAGAAGACUGCCCCCUGCUCCCCAAUGAGAGCCAGGCCAGAACCCCAGGUUCUAACCCUGCUCAGCUGAUAAAGGACCUUUUCCUCCAGCGGCCAUCCUAAGAUAAUUUUGACCAGCAACUGUAGACUUUAAAAGAUAAGACAUUUUCACUGGGACAGGAGAGGAAAGAGUGGGGGCAGGGGCAACAAGUAUCAGGGGCUGGGAAUAUAGCUCAGUGGUAGGAUGUGUGCUUAGCAUGCAUAAGGCCCACGGUUCAAUCCCCAGUACCACAGUAAAAACGACCCACAAGAGGGAACGGUCUGUUUUAUGCGCAAUAAAGUUUUUUUUUCUUUUUUUAAGAAAUAAAGACUAUUUCUGAA